AUGGCAAACUCAUCCUCCUCCCCUAGUCGUGAUCUCCCAAAAGUGAAUUUCUGGGACGUACCCGACCUCCUUACCCAGUGGGAAGGCUUCUGGCUGUUCUCGGUAUUAGUCGAGCCGGCCAUGACCUUCCGGUCCAACUUUCACACCCGCGACAACGACGUCCUUCUCGCAUCUUUUCCCAAGACCGGCACGACGUGGCUCAUGGCGCUCGCUCACUCCAUCCUCAAAAAAGGCGAAAGCGGCGAUCCCCUCGCCACGGCCAACCCUCACUCCCUCGUCCCCACCGUCGAGUCCGAGCCCUUGGCCAACUACUGCAACGUAGACAUCUACGACGCCUCGGCGCCUCGCCUCCUCCACACCCACCUCCCUUACUCCCUCCUCCCGGACUCCGUCAAGAAUUCCGCCUGCAAGAUCGUGUACAUCGCGAGGAGCCCCAAGGACACCCUCAUCUCCACGUGGCACUUCUACAAUCUCAUAUUCAGGCGCGAUAAAGAGCCGCUGCCGCUUGACCGAGCUGUGGAUUGCUUCUGCUCGGGCGUGCAUCCCAGCGGCCCCUUCUCCGAUUCUGUGGCCGAGUACUGGCUGGAGAGCCGGAGGAGGCCGGAUAAGAUCCUGUUCGUCAAGUACGAGGAGAUCAAAUCGCAGCCCGAGAGGGAGGUUUCGAGGAUUGCUGAGUUUUUGGGGAGGCCGUUGAAGGAAGGAGAGGUGGAGGAGCUUCUGUGGAGGUGCAGUUUCGAGAGGCUUAAGAAGUUGGAGGUGAAUACGACGGCGGCCGAUGCAAGAUAUUUUAGGAAAGGUGAAGUUGGAGACUGGAAGAAUUAUUUGACGUCGGAAAUGGAAGAUCGGAUUCAUCAAGCCGUUGGCCUCAAGCUUGAGGCGUUAGGCCUCUUUUUCUAAUUUAUGUUGGAGGCAUUGGCCUCAUGUGUGAUACAAUAAAUAUGUUUAUAAUGUGUGUGAUUCCAAGAAUAUUGUUAAUGAUUU